AUGGAAAACACAAAGGGAUUGCCUUCCCCGCAGAAGAAAAGGCAGAAUCCCAACCGGUGCCGGCCAAAAUCGAGAGGGGGCUGCCAAAGGUGCAAGCAGCGGCGACGCAGAUGUGAUGAGACGAAGCCAAGUUGUCAGGAAUGCACCAAACGAGGACACACGUGCCCCGGUUACCAAAAGCAGAGCUUGCAGUGGCGCUAUGCUUUCAAAGGCAGCGGAGAGGCACAUCAGCCAGUCCCACCGAUUAUUGAGUCUCCCGGCACAAUCGCGACCGAAUCUUUCGACGUGAACAAUCCAACAGACGAGAAAAAAGACAAUAUCCAGAAUGAAACCCAGAAUAUCUGGGAUACGGCCUGCCCAAACCUCUUUGACCAGCUACCGAAUUUCGACGAGCCAACAGAUGCCUGGUUUUAUGUCGAGCCGGCUUCUAAUGGUACGGCUCUAGGCAAGUCUGAUGGCGAGGUGGACGGGUUGUCGAUUUUGCGUCAACGACUGGCCCAUACAUCUGUCCCCUCCUUUCUCAUCCAACUGCCAGUAAUGUUGGUGCAAUAUUACUUUCAUACAGUUUGUAACCAAUGGUCAUCUUUCGACUGCCCCCUUAAUCCUUUCCGGACCAUUAUUAGCCGUCUCUGGAGUCGAAAUGCGGCGAUUUACUUUGCUAUACAGAGCAUGUCGGCUGCCUCGUUGGCCAACGAUUUUCCAACCAUGCAAGCCAUCGGAAUACAGACACAACAGCAAGCAAUUGCGUGUCUGAAUAACAGUGUCCAAAAGGGUUCCACUCAGACAAAGGAUGAUGAGUACUUUCUGGCACUACUCAUGAUUGGAUCGACCACUGCGUGGCACGAUGCUUCGGAUUUGGGGCUUCCAUAUCUGAGAGCAGCCCAAGACCAUCUUCUGAGACAAGAACGCCAGUACAAUAAUGCGGACUCUGCCCUCGCAAAACAACAUCCACUUUUCAAACAGUGUCUCCUUUGGUGGAACUUAUUAGCUGCCUUUGUGACAGAGGACUCCCCAAUUCUGGACGUGGAAAGCUCUAUAGAAAACAGCGAAACAGAUCUUGCAGUCUAUCUUGUCGAUGGACAGAUCCUACCCCAUCCGUGGACAGGGUCUCUUAGAUACUCAUUGAGUCUCUUCUAUCGAACGGCAAGAGUAAUUAGAGCUGCAAGAACCUCCCACCGCCGGAGGCCAGAGGCUUUGGAUCCCACAUUGAUUGACCUUACCUCCAUGGCCGAAGAACUCGAGCUCAGACAGCAAGCCGAAAAUCUCGAGGACAAGAUUCUCUUCACUGGGUUCUCGUUUUAUUGCGGGCCUGUCGAUAUUGGGGAUUCAAACACGCCACCAUCACAUUUUCUUACCUUGGCCGAGGUAUAUCGCUGUACGGCACUGUUGCAAAUUUACCAUGUCUUCCCGGAAAUCCUGGAAGAACGGCUUCAAAGUAAUCAAGCCGCGGAUGACGAAAGCCCUAUACCGGCCCUCUUUCUGGUGUUGUUCCCAAUGGUGGCCGAAUGGUCAUCGUGUUCGGUGGAAGACACACGACACACACUAGCACUGCAUAUUGUAUCCCUCUUGGAGCAACUUCCUUCAACAUCUGGAACGAAGGUUAUGCAGCCCGUAGUUUUAGCAUGCAUCUCUAGCGAUCUUGUUUUCUCGUCUGGGUCUGUGCUGGGCGCCAUCGAAAAUGCGAUCCCCAGUCUGAAUACACUGGAUGUUGAUAUUGCGCAGGCCAGACGAAAGGUCAAAAUGCGGUUGUCUGAACUUACCAUAAUCCUACCAAAGCUGCCAAUGCAACGCAUUUAUAACGUUGUACAUGAGACGUGGGAUCGUGCGGACUCUGGGUUAGAGGAGUUCUGGCUGGAUGUUAUGCUGGAUUUGAAUUUGGAAACAAUUAUGGGAUAG